AUGGCGCUCCCGGUGAACGAGCGCACGCGGCUGUUGCCCGACGAGGACAAUGGCCCCGUCACGUGGACCGGCCCGGAUGACCCGCACAACCCUAAGAACUGGCCGGCCUCGCGCAAAUGGACCUGCGCCAUGCUGGUCUCGGCCUACAGCAUCAUCGCCCCGACAGCCUCGUCCAUGGUCGUGCCCGCCAUGCCGGCCCUGACGCGUGAUCUACACAUCGAGUCGCCUCUGGUCACCCAGCUGACCCUCUCUAUCUACGUGCUGGGCUGGGGCAUGGGACCCCUCAUCAUGGGGCCGUUGUCUGAGAUCUACGGCCGCGCCCCAUUGCUCCAUCUCGGCCAAUUCGGGUUCCUCAUCUUCAACACCUUGUGUGGUCUGGCUCCUACUGCCCGCAUCUUCCUCGCGCUACGCUUCCUCGGCGGCGUUUUCGGCAGCGGACCCAUGUCGCUCGGCGCCGGCGUCCUCGGCGACCUCUGGAUCAGCGACGAACGGGGCGUAUCAUUAGCCAUCUACACCGUGAUGCCCCUGCUCGGCACGACCCUGGGUCCCCUCCUCGGCGGCCUCCUCAUUCAAUCGCGACCCUGGCCCGACAUCUUCUUCCUCUGUUCCAUCUUCACCCUCCUCUCCCUCCUCCUGGGCCUGUUCUUCCUCCCGGAAACCUUCCCCCCACUCCUGCUUCACCGCCGCCGUCUCGACAACUGGCAAGCCCGCGGCCUUUACCCCCCGAAACCCCUCUCCCGGCGCCAACAACUCACCAAACUCAUCCGCGUCGACCUCGCCCGCCCAUUCAUCAUGCUCGGCACGCAGCCCAUCAUCCAACUCUUAGCACUCUACAUGGGCUUCCUCUUCGGCCUUAACCACCUCACCAUCUCCACCUUCCACGCUCUCUGGCGCGACGUCUACCAUCAGGAUGACUUCCGGAGUAGUCUGAAUUAUAUCGCCAUUACGGCGGGGUUGCUCGGUGGAGCGGAAAGUACGGGCCCCAUCAACGAUAAAAUCUACCAGCACCUCAAAACCAAAAACCACAACCACCCCUCCCCCACCUACCGCAUCCCCCUCAUGAUCCCCUCCGCCAUCCUCGUCCCCACUGGUCUCCUCCUCUACGGCUGGUCCGCCACCUACCAUCUGCACUGGCUCCUCCCCAACCUCGGCAUCUUCAUCUACUCAUUCGGUCUUCUCAUGGGAUAUCAAUGUAUCCAGGCGUACGUGCUGGAUUGUUAUCCCGUGUAUGCGGCGAGUGCGAUGGGCGCGUUGACGGUGUUAAGGUCGUUGGCGGGGUUCGCGAUGCCGGUGUUUGCGCCGGCGUUGUAUCGGUGGGUUGGGUAUGGGU